UUGUGGUGCUGGAGAUGGGCAGGAACCUGGUGCCAACCUCCAUAAAGCAGGGGGACGACGUUUACUUCGAGUGCCGGGUGACAGCCAACCCGCAACCCUACAGAGUGAGCUGGGAGAAGAACAGCGAGGAGGUGAAGCCCAAUCAGACGGCCGGGGUGAUCCUGAGUGGCAACAGUCUUGUGCUGCAACAGGUGGAGAGAUCGAGUGCGGGAGAGUACACCUGCUCGGCCACAAACACUCAGGGAACUCAACUCUCAAAUCCUGUCAGACUCGAUAUUAUGUACCCGCCCGAGUGCAUGGUGGACAAGCCGACAGUGCUGGCCGUGGGCCGAGGCGAGAGGGUCAACAUAUCCUGCCGAGUAGCCAGCAAUCCCCCCAGAGCGACCUUUCAUUGGCGUCUCAACGGGUCGGAGAGGACCUACACGUCGAAGGGUGAGCCGCUACCGUGGGGACACCUAGCCUCUCACUACACCUUCGUCGGCGCCUCGGACAAGGACUACGGCAUGCUUCACUGUUGGGCUAACAACUCCAUAGGCAUCCAGGACAACCCUUGCGUCUUCCAGAUCAUUCCAGCCGAACCUAUGAAUACCUCGCCCAAACCUAUGAAUACCUCGCCCAAACCUAUGAAUUCCUCGCCCAAACCUAUGAAUUCCUCGCCCAAACCUAUGAAUUCCUCGCCCAAACCUAUGAAUUCCUCGCCCAAACCUAUGAAUUCCUCGCCAAACCUAUGA